CGUGGAAGCUUCUUUGAAAAGAGUUGACGCUCCAAACAAAGGUACCAGCCAGCCCAUUGCCAUUGCCAUUGCCAUCGAUCCCCCUCUCUUCCAAUUACAAUUUACAAAAGAAGCAGGACCUUGAUCUAGAUCUCGAUCCGCAUCUAUCCGUUCAGGCGAGAUCUUGAUUCUUGGAUCCUCUUAUAUUCGUAGGAGAUAGAUCCGAUUGAUCAAUACAACAUCAUAUAAUAAUGGCACCGGUAUCGGCGUUGGCCAAGUACAAGUUGGUGUUCUUGGGGGAUCAGUCUGUGGGAAAAACCAGUAUUAUCACUCGCUUCAUGUACGACAAAUUCGACAAUACCUAUCAGGCUACCAUUGGUAUUGAUUUUUUAUCAAAGACGAUGUACCUUGAAGAUCGAACUGUUAGGCUGCAACUCUGGGACACUGCAGGACAGGAAAGGUUCAGGAGUCUCAUCCCAAGUUAUAUUAGGGAUUCAUCUGUGGCAGUCAUUGUUUUUGAUGUUGCAAGCAGGCAAUCUUUCUUGAAUACUUCAAAGUGGAUUGAAGAAGUUCGCUCUGAGCGGGGGAGCGAUGUUAUCAUUGUACUUGUUGGGAAUAAAACAGAUCUUGUGGACAAAAGGCAGGUAUCAAUAGAGGAAGGAGAAGCUAAAGCUCGUGACCUCAAUGUCAUGUUUAUUGAAACUAGCGCAAAGGCUGGCUUCAAUAUUAAGGCACUGUUCCGGAAGAUUGCAGCAGCCUUACCAGGAAUGGAAACACUCUCUUCAAGUAAGCAAGAAGAUAUGGUUGAUGUCAAUCUGAAGUCUUCCAAUGCAAAUGCAUCACAGUCCCAACAACAAUCAGGAGGAUGCGCCUGCUAAUAUACUAAAAUUGAGACGAUAUGCCUGCUAGUAUACAAAAAUUGAGAUCUGAGCACGCUUCCAUGAGCCCACACUGUCCGUGUAGAGUUUGCAUCCUCCCCUUAUUUUGUAGCUUCUGUAUUGGUUUCGGUUUUGGUGCGUUGUUAUAAGACAAUACUUGAAAGAGGAGAUACUUGUUGUCGUUAGGCUAGCCCUAACAAGUCAUGUACGUAUGGUUGUUAUGGACCUAGAGAGAUUGUGCGAAAUUUUUUUUCUUAUUAACAUUCAUAUUUGAUUCUGCUUUACUGUUGAAAAUAGACUUUCGAAUGAAUUGAUCUGAUCAUUCUUACA